CGCCGUGCUGCUGAGGGAGGUACACGGUGGUCUCUCAGCUGACAGAUGAGGGGCCUCGGUGCUGCAAGCAAGCGGCUUCUUUCAGGAGGUAUUGGACUAUCUGAAGAAAACGGGGGAGGAGGGGGAGUCAUUUGAGGAGAAAGUUCACAGUUUGGCGGACAGUCAACACUGAAUGAAAGCGCACCAUGGCGGGCAAAGGGAGAGUUUGUUCCGCCGGACAGAGCCAGCAGAUUCUGGACUCCUCGGAGUCGGACACGGAGGGUGAACCCGCUCGGGCGGCAGGUACCGGGCCGCCCGCCUGCUCCUUCCCCGGCUCCCAGGUCAUCCACAGCGGACAUUUCAUGGUGUCGUCCCCCCACAGUGACUCCGCGCCGCGCAGGACGAAAGGCGGCGGGUCGAUGAGAUAUGACUUUGACACUGUGAACAGGACGUGGUGUCAGACGUACCGGUACGGCCCGCUGAGCUCCGGGAGCCUCAGCAUCGACCCCACUCUGACCCGCCUGUUCGACUGCAUGUCCCUGGCCUACAGCGGUAAGAUCGUCUCUCCCAAGUGGAAGUCUUUUAAGGGUCUGCGGCUGCUGUGGAGAGAUAAGAUCCGUCUGAACAAUGCCAUCUGGAGAGCCUGGUUCAUUCAGUAUGUGGAAAAGAGGAAGAACCCAGUGUGUGGCUUCAUCACGCCGCUGGAGGGCUCGGAGGCUGAUGCUCAUCGGAAGCCGGAGGCAAUUGUGUUAGAGGGCAGCUACUGGAAGCGAAGGAUUGAGGUGGUGAUUAAGGAAUAUCACAAGUGGAGAAUCUACUAUAAGAAGAGGCUUCAGAAAAAGAAGGAUGAUAUUCUAUCAAUGUUACAAGAGGGUCAGAUCUGCCAGUCCAAGCUGGAGAAAUGGUCCACUCAGAUGUACCAGGAGCCUGAAGCUGCGCCGGUGGAGGUCCACAUGUUUGACCUGGACUGCCUUCUGUCCGACAUCUCUGACACCCUGUUCACCAUGACACAGAAGCCGUGUCCCUGGGCCAGCGAGCGACAUGACAUUUACACAAGCAAUGCUGAUAUAAUCCAGCCGGGCCUCAUCCCACUGCAGCCCAACCUGGAGGAUUUCAUGGAUAUACCAGAUAUCUUCAUGAACGUCCGGAGCCAGCCCAAUGAGCUGACUGGUUUUGCAGACUGUGGCUUUUUUGAGAACUCACCCAGCACAGCGUUUGCUCCACUUCCCUCCCCCGUGCCCAAUCUGUCAUCUGACAAUUUGCCUCAGCCCUCCUCAUCCAAUACACGGCCAGACCACACCAGGCCGGGCCAGGAUUGCAGUGAAUACCACACAUCUAGCAUCAUAUCAGGCGCCAUGCCCUACGGACAUCAGUCAUACCCUGAUCCACCUGUUUCUAUAGCCUUCACCAGCAGCAUCGAGCAGCCGGCAUCUGCAACCAUCCCUUUUCUGUACCCGCUGCCAUGCCACAAGUUUGGUUACCACACAACGUCCAGCGUGACCCCCACUGUCAUCACUCACACUGCCUCCACCAUGGGGGCUCAGGGCUCCGUGCACCAGGCUCAUGGUUACCCUCACACAGGGGACACAUACCCCCAGAGUCCCUGCCACUCUCUCACUUACCCGGCGGCUGUGACUGAGUCGGUCCACGCAGCGCUGCCCUCUGUCACUGCGCCACACUGCUUCUCAGUCCCGGAGCAGCUGGCUGUUACAGCGGUCAGAGGGAAGCACAAGCAGAAGACGGGAGGAGUGAGGACAGCCGGUCCCUCUGUGGCUCCAACCACUGCACCCACACCCUCCAGCUGCCUAGCUAAGCUGCUCUCCUCCAGCGCUUGUGAACGGAAGCCAUCACUAGGAUUUGAUGGUACUCUAGUGACAACCAAAGGUCAGAGGUCAUCAUCUCCCAGCUCCUCGCAGUCAAGCAGCAGCACACAUGUUGGAGGAGCUUCAUCGCAGCUGCAGCAUGGAGCUGGUUGGCCUGCAGGGAUCCCGGUGUUGACGCCUCUGCACAGCCAGAGUGCCACCCUGGGUCACAGCGGACCCCACGCCAGCACCUCCAGAAGCUCGGCGGUGUCUGCCCUGCUCUCCCACGGCUCCACACACACUGGCACUGCCCUGCUCAUUCCCAAGACUGAGAAACUAUCUCCUGCCCAGCCCUACAGCACGGACAGGAGCAGCCUAACAGGACAUCCAGGCCAUCCAGGCCAAACGUCACCACCAAACCCUUUAGAUAAAGCCUCCAACCCUGAGUCCCCACACACAUGCUUCUCAGGACAUGGGAAGAUAGAAUCAAGUAAGCAAACAGAGACCAGGAGGAUAACUCACAUCUCAGCCGAGCAGAAGAGGCGCUUCAACAUCAAACUGGGUUUUGACACGUUACAUAACCUUGUGACAACACUCAGCUCUCAGCCAAGCAUAAAGAUCAGCAAAGCCACCACACUGCAGAAGACUGCAGAGUACAUCAGUAAGAUGCAGCAGGAGAGAGCUCAGCUGCACGAGGAGGCUCAGAGGCUCAAGGACGAGAUCCAGCUCCUGAACUCUGCCAUCAAUGCGUGCCAGCAGCAGCUACCAGCCACUGGUGUGCCCAUCACACGGCAGCGCUUCGACCACAUGAGGCAGAAGUUCCGAGAGUACGUCCAGACACAGACGCUGCAAAACUGGAAGUUCUGGAUCUUCAGUAUCAUCAUCGAGCCGCUGUUCGAGUCCUAUAAUGGGAUGGUGUCCACAGCCAGUGUGGAGGAUUUGUGUCGAUCCACUCUGUCCUGGUUGGACCAACACUGUUCACUUCCUGCUUUAAGACCCAUGGUUCUGAGUUCACUCCGUCUCCUGAGUACCACCACGACUAUCCUGACAGACCCCCGCCUCCUUCCGGAGCAGGCCACCCUCGCCGUCACCCAGGGUGACCCCGCUGCAACCCUGGACCACUCCUUACAGCCCGCCACUCGGGACAAUGCACACCCCAUGUGACCGUGAAGAACAGACUCGAUGGAAACUAAGAAUCCACCACAAUGCACAAGAGAGAGCACAAGUCAGAGAAGUGAUUAGAAGAGACUCAACACUCAGCUCUGAGACUUUUAACAAAGCAAAAUCACAUUCCAAUAAAACUCACCAGCUGCAAAAAGAUUGUAUUCCAGUACACCCAAACAAUUAUAGGAACUAUUUGUGAUCUAUACUAACAUUCUGAUAAAAGCAUAAUGUACUUGUACUCUACGCUUGUUAUUGUUUCUCAGCCUCAAAAUAAUUUUCU